AUGAGCAUCGUGCCUACAGUACAUGUACAUCUUUCUCCAUCCAGACCGCGUUCGCUCAUUCUCACAUCCGAGGGAAUCGUCAUCACCACAUGCAUGGAGCGCAGGAGACAGAGCAUCGCCAACGAUGAUGCUCACCUGGCAGCGCUCGGCGUCAGGCAGGAGCUGAAGCGCAACUUCUCGCCGCUGGCGAUGCUGGGGCUGGCCUUUGCAAUCCUGAACAGCUGGACCGCACUCUCGACGUCGCUUUCUCUGGCACUGCCUUCUGGAGGUCCUACAUCGGUCAUUUGGGGUCUGGUGACAGCAGGCAUCUUCAACCUGUGUCUAUCAGCAUCGCUAGCAGAGUUUCUGUCCGCUUACCCUACCGCUGGCGGCCAAUAUCACUGGGUUCACAUCAUCUCUUGGGAUGGCUGGAAGCCAAUCUUGUCUUGGAUCACUGGAUGGAUCAAUGUCUUUGGAUGGAUGGCUCUUGUUGCGACCGGUGGGCUGCUCGGCAGCCAGAUCAUUGUCGGAAUUGUUCACAUGUACGAUGCGACCUACGUCUCCCAGCGAUGGCAUCAAAUCCUCAUUUAUAUCGGAUACAAUAUCGUGGCAAUGCUCCUGAACGCAUUCGGCAACCAUCUUCUGCCUCUGAUCAACAAGACUGCGAUUAUCUGGUCCAUCUCGGGCUUCGUUGUCAUUUGCAUCACCGUCCUGGCAUGUUCCUCGCCCGACUACAACUCCGGGGACCUUGUGUACCGUGAGUUCCUCAAUACGACGGGAUGGCCAGAUGGUGUCGCCUGGCUACUUGGCCUGCUUCAAGGAAGUCUGGGUCUGACUGGCUACGAUGCCACCGCACACAUGAUCGAGGAGAUUCCAAACGCCGUUAUCGAAGGCCCGAAGAUCAUGAUAUACUGCGUUAUGAUCGGAAUGUUCAUCGGAUUCGUGUUCUUGUCAUCGCUCUUGUUCGUGGCCGGAGAUCUCACGGCAGUCAUCGAAUCCUCUGCCGGGCCACUUAACCGGAUCAUCUGGAACGCUACUGGCUCUCGUGCAGGGACAGUAUGUCUAUUGAUCUUUCCACUGAUCUGCCUCAUAUUUGCGACGACUUCAAUCAUGACUACAUCUUCGAGGAUGACAUAUGCGUUUGCACGAGAUGGCGGCCUUCCGUUUUCCCGCUUUUUCUCGCGUGUACAUCCCACGCUCGACGUGCUUCUUGAGGCGCUUGGUCUGACUGUCUUGGUGGUCCUCAUUUUCGGACUCAUCUUCCUCGGCUCGACAAGUCCAUUCAACGCCAUUGUUAGCGCCUCUGUCGUGGCAUUGACCGUUUCCUACGCGAUUCCGAUCGCCAUCAACUGUCUGCGAGGCCGCCGCAUGCUCCCUGAGACACGUUCUUUCAAGCUUCCGGAGUGGUUUGCUUGA